UUUGUUGGCGGAAGAACUGUGUAUUUGGCUCCAACCCGUACGACAGACCGAGGCCACACGUGAAAUGUUACUCUUUGGAGGGUCAAACAUAAAGGAUGCUUGAAUGCUAUUCAAAAACUAUGCUCACAGAGAAGCCGUAGUUCCGAUGGAUGGGGGGGUUCCUGGGACUCAUUGCAGAGUUGGGGACAUCCCAGAAACAGCUCGCGCUGUCUCUGCUCAAAACUCCUCACUCAAUCAAAACACUGAACCACCUAAAGUCCCUCCAUGUCCACCUCCUCCGAACAGGUCUUCACCAGAGCAGCUUCGCCGUCGGAAAUUUUAUAACUCAUUGUGCCACUCUAGGCCUUAUGGGCUACGCGACCCAAUUGUUCGACAAUAUGUUCGAACCAAAUUCGUUCGUAUGGAACACCAUGAUCAGAGGUUUCCAACAAAAUCAAGAACCCAGAAAUGCCCUUCUGUAUUUUGAUCGUAUGAGGGUUCAAUAUGUUAAGCCUGAUCGUUUCACAUACCCAUUCAUUGUACGGGCUUGUACUGAUUUGAUGGAUUUUUGUGGAGGAUUAUGUGUUCAUGGACAGUUGUUUAAAUUUGGGGUUGCGUUAGAUGUCUUUGUGGGUACGAGCAUGAUUGAAUUCUACAGUGGUUUUGGGGAUAUGAAGUUGGCUAAGGAUGUUUUUGAUGAAUUGAUUGUGAAAGAUACAGUGGCGUGGACUGCUGUCAUAUCGGGGUUUGUAAAUAAUGGUGGAGACAUGGAAAGAGCACGUGAAUUGUUUGAUAAGAUGCCCAAUAAGGAUGUUGUGGUUUGGAAUACGAUGAUUUCCGGGUAUGUGAAAGUUAGGGAUGUUGAAGUUGCUAAAAUGUUAUUUGAUAGAGCACCGGUUAAGGAUAUAUUGAUGUAUAAUACAAUCUUAGGAGGGUAUGCGAGAAAUGGUGACAUGGAAGUUAUGUUAUGGUUCUUUAAUGAUAUGCCAAAAAGAGAUUUGGUGUCUUGGAACACAGUCAUUGGGGGGUUUGUGCGUUGUAGGAGGAUUAGUGAAGCUAUGAAGCACUUUCAUCAAAUGCAAAUGGAGAAUGUGAAUCCUAAUGAGGUGACUGUAGUGAGCAUUCUCUCUGCUUGUGCCCAAGUUGGAGCGUUAGAUAUGGGGAAAUGGCUCCAUUCCUGUAUUGAUCGCAGCAAACUUGGGUUAAAUGUUGUCGUUGAGACUGCAUUGGUGGACAUGUAUUCAAAGUGUGGUGACUUGGAGAGUGCUCAAUAUGUAUUUGACAAGAUGUUAGAACGUGAUGCUGUAGCUUGGAAUGCAAUGAUCAUUGGAUUCUCGCUGAAUGGGCAGAGUAGAAAUGCCUUAGAGUUCUUCUACCGUAUGAAGAAUGAAGCUGUGAUGCCAAAUGAUGUAACCAUCCUGGGGGUUUUGUGUGCCUGCGUUCAUGCGGGGUUGGUGGAUGAAGGACAAAAGUUCUUUGAUAGUAUGUCCCAAGAGCUUGGCUUGACACCUAAAUUAGAGCAUUAUGGUUGCAUGGUUGAUCUCCUUGGUCGCGCCGGUUUGCUAGAUAAAGCUUAUGAUUUAAUCCAAUCUAUGCCUCUUGCCCCACACACUGGGGUUUGGGGGGCCUUACUUGGUGCAUGCAAAAUCCAUGGAAAUGUCGAGCUUGCAGAAAGGGCAAUUGAACACCUAAUCCAACUUGACCCUGAAGAUGGGGGGUACCUGGCAAUUAUGUCGAAUAUAUAUGCUAAUGCUGGAAGGUGGAACGAUGUUGCAAAACUGAGAAAAUGGGUGAAGCAGAAAGGGAUUUGUAAGUUACGAGGCUGCAGCUCCAUUGAGAUUGAUGGUGAGAUCCAUGAAUUUGGGGUGGAGGAGAAGAUCCAUCCUCGAGCCAAAGAAAUUUAUGAUAUGAUAGAUGAGAUUUAUGAGCGGUUAAGGUUGGCAGGACAUGUUGCAAGCACAAACGAGGUAUAUUUUGAUGUUGAGGAGGAGGAAAAAGAGAAAGCCCUUUUUUUCCAUAGUGAAAAGAUGGCUGUUGCCUUUGGACUUAUUGCUACUGAAAAGAGCACCGUCAUUCGGGUGACGAAAAACCUGCGGAUUUGUGCUGAUUGCCACGCUGCCAUAAAGCUGAUCUCUCAGAUUUUCAAUAGAGAAAUAGUUAUUAGAGACCGCAGCCUCUUCCACCACUUUAAGGGGGGUUCUUGCUCUUGUGGAGAUUAUUGGUAAUUAUAGCGGAAGAUGCUACAAUGAGGGUUGGAAGAAAGAGCUGAUAGUAAACACCCACAUGCAACUCUGCUGUUUAAUUGAGUUGGUGUGCGGUCCAAAAGCAUUGGUUUGGAGAGAAAAGGUGACAGUAAACAACCACUGAUGACUUGUAGCAUUUAUCGGAGUUGGUGUGCAGUACCAAAGCAUUGUUUUUUUUCAGGACGUAGAUGGCUUUUCAGCACUUUUGAGAACUUCCAUUGAAUCAAGUAAACCAAUCUACUCCUGGAUAUGUGCACACUGCACACUUUUGAUCCUGUCACGAAUUGCUUAUAUUAGCACUGUGACGGAUGAUGAAAGGGUUUUAGUAUAAAGAUAAAGGUCAACAGCAACAUAAUAUGAAAUGUGCAAUUUUACUUGAGCAAUGCUACAUGGAUUUAAAAA